AUGUGGAGAGCCAGGCCCGAGUCACAGCGCCAUGUGAGGACCUCACAGAAGUACCCUGUGGCGGACAGCCUCUGGUUCAAGCACCUGCUGAAGCAGGUCCUGGCCACGGGCUUGCACCGCUGUCUGCUCAUCAGGCCCACCAACUCCAAGGCCAGGGGUGCCACUGGCAGCUUCAAAUUGGUUUCCAAGCGUAAAAGGAAAGUCCAACCCAGAAAGACAUCUACCAUGACAGCCCCCAGGAAGCCCAGUGAGGUCAAGGAGAAGGUCCCUAAGAAAUCGAGAGAGACAAAGAAGGGCCCUUCCAACCCAGCUGAGGUGAAAAGGGGACUGAGGAAGCCUUGAGAGGUGAGGAUGGCUCCUCCCAAACCAGGUGCAGCCAAAGAGAAGGUUCCCAAGAAAGGCAGCCAGACCAAAGAUCAAGAGGCAAGAGUGAGUGAGGCCAGGAAGGCCUCCCAACAGCCAGACAAGGCCCCAUGGGCCCCUCCCAGUGCCACUGGGCUCAGUGGGAAGUCAAAGGUCAAAGGCAGAAGGAAGAGCCAAGGUGGUGAGGCCCCCAGGAAGACAAAAGCUGGGAGUCAGAGUGUAAAAUCCACAGUCCCUCAGGGCAAGAAUGGUGCUGUUUCUCCAGCCAAAAAGAAGGACAACCACAUCCCUAAAGAGGUCAUUGCCCAUGUGGCCAAGGAGGGGCCCAAAGCCAAGGCCUCUGCUCAUCCCAGGGGUGGCGGGCCUAAGAUAGUACCUGAACCUCUGGCCAGGAAGAUAGAGGCUCCCAAGGGCCCGAAGAGGCCGGGCAUGCCCACCAAGGCCUCAUCAUCCAAAUUAGCCAGUAGGAAGGCGGAGGGUGAAAGCUAGAGCUGGGGUGGAGACACGGAAAUCCUACCCGAGUUUUUAU